ACCCUAGGCCCAAGAACCCUAAGUCAUUGUGGGGGCGGCAUUUGAUUCGCCAUGGACGACGGGCUCCCGCAGACCGAUAUGGAGCGCCUCGUCUUCUUCGAGGCAAUGCGCGAGCGCUGCGCCGCGGAGUAUCUCCGCAGCCCUCACGAUCCAGAGAACCUAACGAACUGGGGGAACGCUCUGCUCGAGCUAGCGCAUUUUCAACAGGGCGAUGAAUCGGUCCCGCUUGUAGAAGAUUCAAUCUCCAAGCUAGAAGCUGCGCUAAAGAUCAAUCCAAAGAAGCACCAAACGCUCUGGAUUCUAGGAAACGCUCACACUUGCCAUGGGUUCCUCGUAGCCGAUGUUUUAGAGGCUAGCGAGCAUUUUAAGAAGGCAGCUACUUGCUUCCAGGAUGCAUACAACGAGGAACCCAGCGAAGUUUACUCCAAGUCUCUAGAAAUGGCUCGCCAAGCACCAUUGCUCCAUCAAGAGCUCCAGGUACAGCUCGCUUCUCAAGGGAUGGCGAUCAACGCUUCAUCAUCGUCGAGUAGAAGCGGAAACAAGGGAAAGAAGAAGAAAUCGUCCAAGCGCAGCGAUUUGGCCUAUGAUGUUCUUGGAUGGGUGGUUCUGGCUAUUGGAAUUGUUGCGUGGGUUGGGAUGGCAAACAUGGCAAAAGCAGCUCCUAGUGCCAAGUAGUACCUCCUAAUGUUUUUCCUUUGUACAUCAAUUUUGAAAAGAACAAAUGCAUUUCAAUGGCAGCACCAAUGCUCACA